UGUGGCUUUUUCAACUGGCAGCUGCUGCUGGAGGAGAAGCUGAACACCGGAGUCUUGUCACGAGACGUGGCCGUCUUUGUGGAGCUGCUGUGGACUGAGGCCCUGGGUUGCCUAGGCAACAUCCUCAAAGUUCCUGUUAGCAAACUCAGCCUCAAUGACGUGAGCAGAGCUGAGGGACUGUUGAUUGAAGCGCAAAGGAAACUGAAUGAAGUCAACAGUGCCGCCGCGCUCUCUCUUCUGUUUCAAGUCUACGCCCUGCUGCCACACAAAUAUAUUGGUCAAGGUUGCAGUCCCAAGGUUAUCUCUGAAAAACUGGACCUCUGUCAGCUUAUUCGAGACAUCCUGAACGUGAGUGAGAUGACUCUGAGAAGCCCCGCCCCUUCCUGCAUUGGCAAGUUUCGCGCCCUGAGGUGCAGCAUUGAAACGGUCGAGCCUGGCUGCCGCGAAUAUCGCACUGUGUCAUCUCUAGUCAAAGACAGAGCUGUGCAGAUCCAUCAGGUGUUACGUGUCAGCAGAGCCGUGGAGCUUCAGACCUUUAAAGGCAAACUCGGCAACAUCAAGUCCCUCCUCCACUCCUCCAGUGCCAGCAACUUUGUUGGAAUUAUGUCCCGUGGUUUGCUGCUACCUUGUGUUGGAGUGGAACAUCAUGGGAUUGAACGAACAGAUGCUGGCAGUCUUGGAAAUGGCAUAUACUUCAGCGAUAGCAUGCGCACCUGCCUAAAGUACACUAAACCCAGCGUCUCGGACGGCUCUCGGCUGCUGCUGGUGUGUGACGUGGCCCUGGGGCGCUGCCUGGAGCUUUACCAGAGAGAUCCCACUCUGGCUCAGGCCCCUGAGGGACACAACAGUGUACACGGCAUCCGCCGCACAGCCAUGGUUAACUCAGAGUUUGAGGGUGAUGAGUACGUGGUGUACAGUCCGGAUCAGGUCAAGCUGAAAUAUGUUGUCCAGUUCAGCACUGAUGGAGACCAACUCAAGGCUUUCAACCCAGCUAUAGACACGUCGGCUGAGUCUUGUCUGCCCCCUGCUGAUCCAGUGGUCCUUCCUGAUGAUGAUGAAGGUAUUGGAAGCAUAAAAAACCCAUUGGACGACGUGACUUCAGGACUGCUGGACAGCUCAGGGCAGCAGCUCCCCCUGCUGGGUGUACACGUGAAGUGCAAGUUGAUGGAUUUGCUCUCACAUGUCAUCAUCUUCCAAAGGUACACUAAUCUGAGCAACGUCCCCAUUGAAGCAAAGUAUGUCUUCCCUUUGGACGAAUAUGCAGCUGUGUGUGGAUUUGAAGCCUUCAUAAAUGGGAAACAUGUGGUGGGACAGGUGAAGAAGAAAGAACGAGCUCGUAAGGAGUACAAACGGGCAAUAGAGAAGGGCCAUGGAGCCUACCUCAUGGACCAGGAUGCCCCAGACAUUUUCACCAUCAGCGUGGGCAACCUGCCACCUGGUGCCAGCGUGCUCAUUAAAGUGACCUUUGUGUCCGAGCUCAUCAUCAAGGACGGGAGUGUUUUCUUCACCCUGCCUAGUAGUGUUGCACCGUGGCAGGAAAGUGCAGCGCUCAACCAGACUACACAGGUGACCGUGGACAAAGUGUGUGUGACAGAUGACGCAGCAAGUACAAGAGAGUUCAGCCUGGACAUGUCCAUUGAGAUGCCGUAUGACAUCACCAACCUGCAAUGCAUUACGCACAAAGUCAAGAUGAAGAGGACCGACUGCAAGGCAGUUGUGAGUGUGCUGCCAGGGCAGGUCAUGACUCCAGAAGGAUUCCAGCUGUCAGUCACUCUGUCGGAGGUACAUCUACCCAGGAUGUGGGUGGAGGAACACCCUGACAAGGACAGCCAGGCCUGCAUGUUAGUUUUCUACCCUAACUUUAACAUCAAACCCACUUCUGGAUCCAAUGAAGUUGUCAUUUUGCUGGACACAUCUGAGUCCAUGCAUGGAGAGCCUUUACUCUGGGCCCAGAGGAUUGCCCGGCACGCCAUCAAAACCCUAAAGGGUGACCUUAAAAUCAACAUCAUCUUGUUUGGCACAGAUUACACACAAGCGUUCCUGACAGCACAGCCUCUUCAAAAAGCUCGACAAGCUGCUGAGAACUUCAUACAGUCCAUCUCACCAGUGGGGGGCAGCACCGAGCUUUGGCGGCCUCUCCAAGCUCUUGCACUUCUGCCUCCGUCCAAUGGCAUUCGCAAUCUUUUUCUGCUGUCCGACGGCCACGUCCAGAACAACAGUGUCACUUUGCAGCUGCUCAGGGACAAUGUUGAACACAGCCGCCUCUUCACUUGUGGCAUCAGCUGUACAGCCAAUCGGCACAUGCUGAGAGCCCUUGCCCAGGCAGGGGACGGAGCAUAUGAAUUUUUUGAUGUUAAACACAAGCACAAGUGGGCAGAGAAGGUGGAGUGUCAGUUGAGGCGCAUGGCAUCUCCCGGCUGCAGUUCUGUGUCAGUGAAGUGGCAACAGUUUAACCCAUCAGCUCCCACUCCUGUGCAAGCCCCCAAGCAACUCCAUGCGCUCUUCAACGAUUGCCACACGCUUGUCUAUGGCUUCGUACCACACUGCACACAGGCUACCCUGCUUGGAAACCUGAGCGGCCAGGAACUAAAUACCAUGGUGUCCACGAGUGAACUGCAGAAGACGAGGGGCACGUUUCUUCACAAGCUGACAGCGAGAGCUAUCAUUAGAGACUACGAAGACGGAAGCUUUGAUUCCAACGAAGCUGAACAUGAGGGGAAGAAAACCCAGUUGAAGUCCUUCAUCAUUGACUUGAGCAAAGAAUUCUCCAUCCUGUCUCAGUUCACCAGCUUUGUGGCCAUUGAAGAAAGGCAACCGGAUCAAGCAGAUGAGGGAUUCACGGACAUCCCCAAGUUGUUGGCGGAAGAAGAUGUGGACAUUCUUCCCUACCUCAACUGGAUAUCUCCUCAAACCGGAGAAGAUGAGGAGGAGGACAUGGAGAUUGAUGAUUUUUUCGAAUUUCUGGGCAGUGCUCAAAGUUAUCUCUCAGACUCCAGUGAGACGUCCCAAUAUUCGCCCACGAGUCCGAAUCUAGCUUCCUCACCUACAUUUGACGAAAUGCCCAUGUCCAAGAGUGUCACCACAAGGCCGUCCAAAUUGAAGGGUGCUGAAGAGCGAUUUAAAAUGGCGGACGCUGAAGCUGGGCGUAUGUUUCAAUUGCACAGCGUAUCAGUCGAUGCGGACCGUCCAUUAAAAAGCAUCCAUACUUUGGGCUCAUCACUCCCUCCACCUCCACUCCCUGUUGAUCGUCCUCCGUUUGUUGCUCAUUCACUUCCACGUUUUGACCAAUCAUCUUUUGCCCCGCCCCCUCCACCCCCACCUCGCAGCCCAUCAUUUCUUCCCCCUCCACCACCAUCUGUUGGCCGUCUAUCAUCUAUUCCUCUUCCACCGUCACUUCGGCCUGUCGGCGUAUCAGUCGACAGUCCUACACCUUGGGAUCUGGUUUUACGUGAAAUUCCCGUCGGCUCACCAGUGAAGCGGUUACCUAAAUGUCGACCCACCGGUGUUCUCGGGGACCGCAUUCUCAAUAUUUCCCGUAACCAGAGUUUACGGAAAGUCGGUUUUGGAAACGGAGCUCUCAACUUUGAUUCAGCAAUGCCAAGAUCUCAAGUAGUUCAACAGACCUCCUGGACCACAUUUGGCAGCCUUUUUUGCAAGAACGUGUCAGUGGGUGGCAUUGAUCACGUUACAUUUAAAUUGGAUUGGCAAAAAAUCUUCCAGAUGCAGAUUUCGGAUGGCUACUGGGAGUUGAGCACAGAACUGGGCAAGUGCGUCAACGUGGAUCUUGACAUCUUCGCCGCAUUCCUCGAAAGUAAAGGCAUCCUCUCCCUUGGUGCAAAGGCCCGUACUGACAUUCUGAGGCUCCUGGCGACUCUUCUGGUCCUGCAGCUGAUGCGCUUGGAGAAGCUCCCAGAAGGUGUAUUGCUGCGCACGCUCUUCUGUCUGGAGGAUACUGACAGGCCCGCCCACUGGUGGAAGGUGAAGAAGGCGGUCAACUGGGUCCGCUGGGCAGACCGCCAGUACCCUUGCAUCUGCAGCCGGCUUGAGUUCGGUUUUACGUGGGAGUCGGCUACCCGCCAACUGCUGGGCUACGACAGCCUCCCUGACUUCUCACCUCUCACCGGCCUGGAGCUGAGGAGGAUUAAGUCGGCCGCUCCUGCCUCCGUGGUCGUUCACUGAUCACAGCAUAUUAAAACACACUUUUUAAAAGUAUUUCGUACCUGUUCUCAAGUUUGCUUGCUUCAAGCUGUUUGUCACCCCUGGCUGAGGUUUACUGUAAAAAUGAUACGUAGAAUCAAAGAGAAUUACACAGUAUAUUUAAACACCGAAAUUUUCAACAGAUAGGACACAUAAUUUCCUGUACCAUAAUAUUUUAUUAUCUGGCGUGAGGUUUUGCUGGUUGGAUGUGUGAUAUUCGUUUUUCUAUAAUUUCCUCGCACAAAAUAUUAUGAGACUGCAAGGAUAUUUAAUGGAGCAAUAUGUUGGUAAAAAUGUUGAUUUUGAACUUAAAAUGGACAAUGUAAAAGAUUAUCAAGAAUUAUUAGGGGAUCGUUUGAGGAUUAAUGCUGAUUUCACUGCUUUUAUUAUUCAUCACGUUUGGAUAUUCAUGAUUUAGAUUUUAGAUGAUUAAUCUCUGUCUUCAGAGAUAGUUAAUUAGGACCAAUACACACCAAUGUUGAAGAAUAAUCAAUAAAACAAAAACCCUUGACUCGCUCGUGGUUGCAUGACACCCUGUACUAUUAAACUGACCUCUCACCUGCAAAGACAAUAAAUGUGGACAAAAGACAA